CGCGGCUGUCGCUGUCAACUGGCGAGUGCGCGCUGGCGGGGGCGGGGGGUUAGACGGUCGGGAGGUCCGAGUGCCGUGGCCAUGGCGGCUCCCUUGGCGCAGUUCGACGAGGACUGGCAGGAUUUCUACGAGUUCAAGGCACCCUCGGGUAGUUUCAAACUGGACCAGGUCAACUCCAACGGCGUCGCGGCCCCGGCUGGCGGCACCGGGACGCUGGAGCAAAGCCUGGAAGAUUUCUCCGAGCUCGACAACUUCUCCGGCGAGAUCGUCAGCUUCAAGUCGAUGGAGGACCUGGUCAAUGACUUCGACGAGAAGCUCACCGUGUGUUUCCGGAACUACAACACCAACACGGAGAACAUUGCACCGGUCAAGCCUAUUUCCGAGGAGAACAUCAUGAGAGACGACGAGAUUUGGAAUGCAUUGACUGAUAACUAUGGUAAUGUAAUGGCCGUGGACUGGAAGACAUCCCAUACCCGUGCUUUGCACCUGCCAACACUGAAUCUGUCAGAAAAGGUGAUGAACGAUAACCUUAACCUUGAUCUUUCUGAUGAUGAGGAACUACGGGAUCAGCUAGACAUGCAUUCCAUUAUCGUCUCCUGUAUAAAUGAUGAACCGCUCUUCACAGCUGAACAGGUAAUUGAGGAAAUAGAAGAGAUGAUGCAAGAAUCUCCUGAUCCUGAAGAAGAUGAUACACCCACUCAGUCUGACAGACUUUCCAUACUUUCCCAGGAAAUUCAAACACUCAAGAGAUCUAACACCAGCAACAGUUAUGAAGAACGUGUGAAGCGAUUGCCUAUGGCUGAAUUAAAUGAGCUUUUGGAGGAGAUUGAGAGUGCAAUCAAAGACUAUUCAGAGGAGCUGAUUCAGCAGCUCGCUUUACGUGAUGAGCUGGAGUUUGAAAAAGAGGUGAAAAACAGCUUCAUUUCCAUACUCAUUGAGGUUCAAAACAAACAGAAAGAGCACAGGGAAACCAUGAAGAAAAAGAAGAAACAGAAGAACGGAAGCCCACAGAAUGGAAAGCAAGAGAAAGGCCACAUGCCAGGAACGCGUUUCAGCAUGGAGGGACUCUCAAAUGUCAUUCAGAAUGGCUUUCGCCAGACAUUUGGAAGCUCAGGUGGUGAGAAACAGUAUUUGACCACGGUCAUUCCUUAUGAGAAGAAGGCUGGACCCCCAUCUGUAGAAGAUCUUCAAAUUUUAACAAAAAUUCUCCAGGCAAUGAAGGAAGAUAGUGAAAGAGUGCCAACCUUGUUAACAGAUUACAUUCUUAAAGGCUGGAUUGACUGAGUGCUCUGCCCAACUUAAAACCAGCAACUCGCCUUCACAUCAGACAGGCUUCAAGACCUCAUUCUGCUAACUCCUGUGAAGAAGGAAAAUGUUUUUUUACCCAGAAGUCCUUGUGAACUAAUCUCCCUUCUUGAGCAUUUUGCUUAGCUUUCCUUCAUUUAAUCUAACUUGUCCAUGGAGAAGUAGUUCAAUCAGAGACGAUUUCCAUAUUCCCACCCCACCAAACCUCUUUACCCAUUUAACAAACAGUGUUAGGCAAGCUAGUUGCAGGUACAGAUAAUAGCACCAUGCCCCAGCUGCUGUUUUUAUUAGAGCAUAGAACAAAAGAAUGCCUGUACACUUUUAAACAUGAGUAUUGUAUUAGCAGUGUAAUAUCUAUUUUUACAAUGUGCAGAAUCCAGAGGUUAACUUUUUAUCAUUGAUGAAACUGUUCAAGAAACAGUGGAUGUAAAUAGGUUUGUUUUAACCAAUCCAUAAGCAGUAAAUCUGUACCUCUAUUAUUCCAAUUCAGCUAAUUUUUAAAAAGGGAACAAAUGGUUUAACUGCACCACUGAGACAUCUCCUCUUCUCUCCCCCCCCCCCCCCCCCGGAGAUUGUGUCUCCUUUAAUACAAUGCUCACUUUCUCACUUUUUUGGGGUGUUAAAUGAGUGCAAGGUUUGAAAAUGUAAAUCAUUGUGUUGCACUUGAUUAUAGAUCAAAAAGAAUUCUGUAAAUUUGUGUGAUCUGUUUUUGAAUAUUCUCCCAUAGUGUUUAGAUUUAAUAAUGGAGGAGUUAGUCUGCCAAAAACAUAGCUUCUUCCAUCUCAUAACUUGUUAGAUUGAGAAAUACCAAUGUUUAUUAAAGAAUUUCUGGCAUUGCUCUGCAUAAACUGAAAUGGACUGGUCUUCCUGUCUGUUCCUUUCAAAAUUCAUGUGUCUUUAUGUUAUUUUCUAAUGGAAAAAGUAAACUUCCCCCAUGGAUCACUUUGAAAGUUAAUUUUUAUUUGAGGUGAAGACAUAAUUACUUCAAUGAGUGUUAACUGAAAGCUGAAGGAUCAAGACUGAGUCUUAAAUUCAAUUGAGUAUUAAUAUGCUGCAUCAAGGUCACUUUUGUCCAGAAAAAGGAAGUUGACUGAAUUUACAAAAUAAUGUUGACUUCAUCAGGAUACUAAUCAGUAUAAACUGGGCCCAAUGAGCAGGAUUCUGUACAAUGGGCUGUAUUGUAGAAUGUUUUGUACUCAUUCUGUGUCUCAAUUAAUUUAACGUACUUUUCUGAUUUAUGCUAAUCAUGUGCAAUCAAUGUUAAUAGGUUUAUUAGCAGUCUAGUUAAAUUAUAUAUUUCUUAAUGGUGGAUAUAGGAGAAUAUUAUUGUGUAGGUGCUUAGCCCAUGUGUUAAUUGACGGCAGCAUGCUGAUCAUGUUUGUAAACUGAGUAUGUACCGUGAAUUCAUUUGAGAUACAAUAGAGAUAAUUUUAAUGUUUCAUUUGUCCUUCUUGUCUCUUACUGCCAAGAUUAUCAACAAAAACAGUACUAAAAUCUCCAAACAUGAGGGGGAAACCAGUUCACACUAUAUUGAACUCCACUGCAUGCAGCAGUUUUGUGAUGAGAACACAAUUUUGGUACAGUUGCUAACGUUUUUGGCUGAAAGCUUCAGUGAACUAACUGCUGCAUGCAGAGCAGAGCAACAUCAUUACACUGUACCAUCAUGAGAUUUACAGAAAUGGAUGGACAUGGAAUGAAGCACAGGAGGCAGAACUGGCAAAUGCACGUCAUUAUGGUUGCAUGAGCAAUUUUUGGAACUAUGCUGAAACAUAGCGCCUUCUAACAGUAUCUGCAGAUUCUGUUGAACCAAGCAUGCCUGUGUGUACACAUUGGUGUUGUAGUAAUACUCUUGUAACUUGGUAUUGUUUUAUUAGCUGGGAACUAACUGUCUGUGACAUGAGAAUUUUUUUCUAAUUUUAACCUAGCACAUUGGUCUUUUUAAGUGGUGAUAGUUUUAAUUUGUUUAUCGUAUAUCUUUGACAGUUUGUAAGGUUUGUGGCAGUAAUUUUAUUUCAUAAUGGAACCAUUUGAGAAAAAAUAAAAACUCGAUUUACACAUUU